UUUGAGUGCACGCUCAUAUGAGGCGGGAGUACAGUGGGCUGCAAAGUUGUAAAGGAGUGCGCAGAAGUCCUGACAACAGUUAAGAGAGUUAAGAAGCAUCAAACAAGUCACCAUGUUGGUACUUCUAGCUGGAAUCUUCCUCCUUCAUCUCACUGGCAUCAUCCUCCUCCUUGUGGCGACCAUUAACAAUGCCUGGUGGGUCACAGACACCAUCUCCACUGAUAUCUGGGCUCGUUGGGUGUGGAUGAAUGGAGCAUGGAACUAUACUGACCUUCCUGAUAUCCACACCUACAGUGAAGAGUAUCUCCAGGCAGUGCAAGCGAGUUCAGUGCUAGCUUGUAUCUUCUCCAUCCUGGGCCUCUUUGUAUUCGUGGCCCAGCUUUUCACCCUCGACAAGGGAAGGAGGUUCGCCUUCUCUGGCAUCUUUCAGCUCCUAGCCUGCCUGUGCAUCAUGAUCGCCGCGUCCAUCUACACAGACAGGUUUCACAAGAACGAGGCCAAUGGCUGGUAUGGCUCCUCAUUUAUCCUGGCCUGGAUCUCCUUCGUCCUCACCUUUAUCUCCUGCAUCAUUUACUUUGUUCUGCGCAAGAAGACGGCGUGAGCCUCCGCCCAUGAAGUGCACUACACCUAACAAAUGAUAAGGCUUGAUAUUGUUUGAUUUCGUUCUGCGAUGUGUUUUUUUGUUUAUGUUUUUGUAUACAUGUAAAGACGGAUAUAUAGGUGGGGGAUUUGAAGAGGUUGUAUUUUUAUACCUUAUCCAUUUUCCACCAUGUCAUUUGAUUAAUGUAUUAAUUAUUUCAAAGUGAAUACAAUUUUAAUAGCAUUCAGAAUUGCCAGAUGGCGCCCGCGAUGGAGAAAGAGAGAUUAAGAGAGAGAGAAAAGCGAAAAAAGAAGGAGAGCAAGAAACAUAUUAUUAAGCCAGGGAUGCAUCACUUCAGACGUUCUCAAGCUAUUAUCGCAUCCUGCAAACAUUUGAUUGAUUUUUCAAUUAUUGCCCCAAAUAAAACCAAGUCAAGCCACGCAAAGCCCUGCAGGAAGACAAAUAGAAGACUCUCUUGGGUGUGGAGAAUAGAAUUCAAUCUCAGAGUGGGAGUCGUCCCCAUCAUUCUCCCCGGCUUAGUGACUCACAAUACCCAACAAUACUGACACUAUGGGAACAAGCCACAGGGUUGCCCUCAGUGGCACUAUAUAAACUAGUCAAUAUAUGUGCACAAAUAACAGAACAACAAGUGUAAUACUGUAUGAUAAUAAUAAUGACAAACGAAACAUUAAUACUAACCUCAGACUCUAAAACUGGAUAGGUCAACCCGUGAAGUGUUUAAGGUUAAGCUUCUGAUAAAAAGCUUUGUGGUAUUCUUUUUUUUAAAUGAAAUAUUGAGUUGGACAGGUGAGGAACACUGUUAGGAGGUACUGGCGUGAUCCUUGUCUACUUGACCUUAAUCAUGUGUCUCCAUUUACCGCACUCUGACUCACGUGUACAUAUGAUCGUGUUUUAUUUUCUUGUUCGAGCGUUGUAUACCUAAUACAGACUUUUGUGAUUUUUGUGUCAUGAGAAUAAUAAUUUGUAUUAAAGCUUGAAUCAUUUUGGA